CCACCCUCAUUCACUCACUCACUGAACCCUUUGUACCUCCAAACAGCCACUUCACACUCCAACAAUGGCGGCUGCAACGUCCUGUUCUUCUGCGAUUUCCGCCGCCUCCGAAACCCUACCCAAGCCUCCCUCCGCCGCCUUCUCCGCCACCAGCCUCGCUCUGCCUUCUUCCUCUUCCAAGCUCGCUUUCAAAUCCCUAAGACUCCGCCCUUGCGCCUCCGCCCUCGGCGCCCGCAUGGUGUCGGCGCCGCCGGUCAAGGCCCCCGCGCUCCUCGACUUCGACACCAACAUUUUCAAGAAGGAGAAGAUUAACCUCGCCGGACACGACGAGUACAUCGUGAGAGGUGGCAGGGAUUUGUUUCACUUGUUGCCCGAUGCUUUCAAGGGGAUCAAGCAGAUUGGGGUCAUCGGUUGGGGUUCUCAGGGACCUGCUCAGGCUCAGAAUCUAAGGGACUCGCUUGCUGAAGCCAAGUCUGAUAUUGUGGUCAAGAUUGGACUCAGGAAAGGUUCUCGUUCCUUUGCUGAAGCUCGGGCAGCUGGAUUUUCUGAGGAGAAUGGGACUCUAGGUGACAUAUAUGAAACUGUCUCCGGCAGUGAUCUUGUGUUGCUGUUGAUUUCUGAUUCCGCACAGGCUGAUAAUUAUGAAAAGAUAUUCUCUUACAUGAAGCCAAACAGCAUACUUGGGCUGUCCCAUGGGUUUCUUCUUGGGCAUUUACAGUCACAAGGACUUGAUUUUCCAAAGAACAUUAGUGUAAUUGCUGUGUGCCCUAAGGGAAUGGGUCCAUCUGUGAGGAGGCUCUAUGUCCAAGGGAAAGAAAUAAAUGGUGCUGGAAUUAAUUCAAGUUUUGCGGUCCACCAGGAUGUGGAUGGCAGGGCUACUGAUGUUGCUUUGGCAUGGUCCGUUGCCCUUGGUUCUCCAUUCACUUUUGCCACUACAUUAGAGCAGGAAUACAGGAGUGAUAUCUUUGGGGAGAGAGGCAUUUUACUUGGUGCUGUUCAUGGAGUUGUGGAAUCCUUGUUUAGGAGAUUCACUGAACAUGGAAUGAAUGAAGAUCUGGCCUAUAAGAAUACUGUUGAGUCUAUAACAGGAAUUAUAUCUAAAACCAUCUCAACUAAGGGCAUGCUAGCUGUAUACAAUUCUUUAUCUGAAGAUGAGAAAAAGGAAUUUGAGAAAGCUUAUAGUGCUUCUUAUUAUCCUUGUAUGGAGAUUUUGUAUGAGUGCUACGAGGAUGUAGCCAGUGGUAGUGAGAUUCGCAGUGUUGUUCUGGCUGGGCGUCGCUUUUAUGAGAAAGAGGGUCUACCUGCUUUUCCCAUGGGUAAUAUUGAUCAAACCCGCAUGUGGAAGGUUGGUGAGCGUGUCCGAUCUACAAGACCAGCGGGUGAUCAAGGCCCAUUAUAUCCUUUUACUGCUGGCGUCUUUGUGGCAUUGAUGAUGGCUCAGAUUGAGAUCCUGAGGAAGAAGGGUCAUUCGUACUCCGAAAUCAUCAAUGAGAGCGUGAUCGAGGCUGUUGAUUCUUUGAAUCCUUUCAUGCAUGCCCGUGGUGUUUCAUUCAUGGUUGAUAACUGCUCAACCACGGCUAGGUUAGGUUCGAGGAAAUGGGCUCCACGAUUUGACUACAUCCUAACCCAGCAGGCCUUGGUGGCUGUGGACAGUGGAAAACCUAUUAACCGGUCAUUAAUCAGCAACUUCCUGUCAGACCCAGUGCAUGCUGCCAUUAAAGUUUGUGCUGAGCUGAGACCUACGGUUGACAUUUCUGUGUCGGCAGAUGCAGACUUCGUUCGUCCCGAGUUGCGCCAGUCCAACAAUUAGAACAUACAGCAAUCAUUUUCAGAACUGAAGUUAUCGUGAUAGUUUGGGUUUUUCAGUUUUGCUUUUAUGAUUGAAUGCUAGUAUGUAAGUUGUAUUACCAUUUUGUAGUUUGUACCCGUCUGUUUCCUGCCAUCGAGGAACGUUGCUUAAUGUCCUAUUUAAAUGCAAGUUGGUAAACUAUGUCUAGAGGUGAGCCAUAAGGUUAAGUUCGCAUAAUGUAAGUGAUGAUUAAAUAAGUAUUUAGUUAAGUUGUUUAUUUAAAUGUUCCGUCAA